GAGAGGACAGCACUCAGCUAAGGUAUACUAUGGCACACUCACACUCAGAGCUGGCAUUAGAGGGCAUCACUUGCUGGGAGCUUUGUCACUGGGGCUGUACAGGCUGGUUAAACUAAUAGCCUUCAAUGGCAGUCCAUUGAAUUCUAGAUCAGCAUACACUGCAGUGCAGUACAGGGCUGGGGAGGGGGGCUUACUAACACCUGUAACAGCUGCUGCAGAACAUCUUUAAUAUCCAGAACUGAACACAGGCACAGCCAAUAGAAUAGUCAAUGGCAGAUGUCCCAACAGGUUCUGGAUCAGGUCCUCCCCUUACAGCAGCAGCCUUUGCUAUGGGACAGUAAGUACUAGAGGGACCCUGUAGGUUAACAUAGUUCUGGGACAAAGCCGUGGAGCAGUCACCAUGGAAACCGAUAGAACACUCUACCGUGGCAACCUAUAGAAUAUUCAUAUUCAUUGCUUGAAUUUGGUCCAGAACUGUCAUUGUUUUAUGUGAUUAUUGGGGGAAUCUAUUAGCUGUAUGUGACCCGGCUAGAUACUAUCUGCAAACAUUGAUUUCUAACAUUAACUAUGUUUCUAUGAUUUAAGGGUAGAUUGAGAGGUUUAACAUUGAGACACUUAAUUAAUGCUUGUUUUAACGAAUGAAUGAUGAUGAUGCAAAUUAUAAUUUGCAGAAUUUAAGGAUGAAAUAGGAAAUGUACAUAUAUAUAACAAUGAUAUUUUAACUGUUUUAAUAUAAGGAUCAGACAUAAAAGUAAAUAAAUGUACGCUAACCGUUAUUAAACCAGGAGUUUAGUUUGUCAAUGCACGUAGUCUGUUAUACUCAAACUGACAGGGCUAUUUACACCAGGGUGAACUUUCGGGAAUUGAAAGCCAGUUCAAUGUGAAUUUUUAAUUUUAGCCCAAAAAAGAUAAUUAAAAAACAAAGCCGAUUUGGAGAUUUUUCCCAGUUAGGCUAUUGCGGCUAAUAUCUGAAAUUUACUUUGAAUUCACUUUUAAUGCCUGAAUGUUCACGCUUGGGUGAAAUGUUAUUUCUAAAUUAUGUAAGUCACAUCCUUGUACUUUGCCAUAUGUGAGUUUCAUAAAUGAUACUGGUCAUAUGCAAAAAACAAUAGCUCACUCCACCCUUUUAAUUGUGCAGUGAUUGAGUAAUGCUGGUGGAUGGUAAAAUCUGGGUGGUUUUUCCAAGUUGGACUCCUCUCAAAAUGAUUGUAUAUUUGUAGUUGUAUUUUCCUUGUGUAUAGGCGGGUACAUUAACCCAGUUUGAACAAUCAUUCACGCUGCCAAUCAAACAAACUGACACUUGUUUUAUAUAUAGAUAUACAGGAAACUGUACUUAUGGUUCUUGUUUGGCUAAACGGAAAUACAUCCUACGUGUUAGUCCCCUUAGAUUUAGAUUUAUCUAACAAACUCUGCUCUAAAGCCAUUUUGGUUAGAGAGAAAUACCAAUUCACAUAAGACAUUUACUAUUUACAGGGGACAUGGAACUAACCUAUUCAUAUGAUGCAGAGGUAAUAAAUGUAUUGCAAACAGAGAAGUGCAGAAAAUUCGAAACUAAUGGCUUUGUAUGGCUAUUGAUUCCAUUUUAGAAUUUCGCUCCACUUUAUGGUUUGACACACAUUUCUCAAUGUUCUUUUAUGUCACCAAAGCAAGAUAUUUGAAGAUGAAUAAGUGAUGGGUGCUGUGCCAGUAUUGAAGGCUGCUUCCAUGACACGUUAAACAGACAUAUAGCAUGUGUUUGUAGUGAUUAUUGUCUUGGGUGAACCUUUUUAAGUUGUCACAGUGUUCUAUCAUGAUGAAAUGGUUUAUCAUGCACGCUAUGCAUAAAGUACGUACCUUUGCGUUGAAAUUAAAAUAUGCCAGAAAUGAAUUCACAUUCACUGACCUCAGGCUCUCAGCAUUCUUCUGGCUUUAUCUAUGCCAAUCUUCUAUUCAUAUCCUUCAACCCAUUUCCUAAACUACAAUCAGUGUUUAUACUGACAGCAGGAAGCGUUUUACCUUUUGUGGCCAUGCCCUUGUUUUCUUACUGUGAAGUCUUACAGGUAGUGUGAGUUCCCCUGGGGAAGGAAUGCAAACUAUUCAAUAUCGUAAUAGUUAUGAAAGUGAAAAAGAAAAUACUUUUACUAACUUAAAGGGACACUGCCGCCCAAUAUAAUUGCAUAAGUAGACAGUCUCCAAAUACAUUUAAUUCAAGGAGUUUUCUGCGUGUUUAAAAUACUAUGUAUAAAGCCUUGCCUGGUUUUUAACCUCUGUAUGAAAGCUCCUUACGCUCUCCAGACCCAUCUUUAGUGUUAAAGGAACCAUUCAUUAACUUCUAGCAGCUAGACAUGACUGAUUGCAAGGUGUUUAGCACAGACUGGGAAUUUGAAAAUAUUGCAAGAUCUCUUGGAUUGAUAUAUAGCUGUCUGUGUAUCACUCACUCCGUGUAUCAGUCACAGACAGUGUGGUAGCAAAAUUCUACUUCUAUGUUCAAAUUUAUACAGCUCUCAGUUUUGUCUUGUGGUAAAGAGAACACUGGCUCCUUUGCAGGUUUUUUAAUUCUUACUAAAUCUUUUAAGACAAUGUAAUGGAUCCACCUUUGCCAUUCUUAAAUCGUACUAAAUUUCAUGGCAAAGCUACUUUUACAAUGCCAUGUCUCCCCUCUAGAGCAACAAUGCUGUAAAUGUCUAACGCUAAAACUGCUGUGUUUUUCAGAUGUGUGACCGUAACACAGGCAGGAGGCUACGACAAUGGCUAAUAGAGCAAAUCGACAGUGGAUACUACUCCGGACUUGUAUGGGAAAAUGAUGAGAAAAGCCUUUUCCGAAUCCCCUGGAAACAUGCUGGGAAGCAGGACUACAACCAGGAAGUGGAUGCAUCUAUUUUCAAGGUAAAUAAACCAUAUUCUAUGCAGUGAGUCAGAUUAGGGCAGGUUAAACCAUGAAAAUGGACUUUGUCCCAAAUAUGGCAAAACCCAAUGUAGCAUCCUAUGUGCACAAUUGAUGCAAAUCGUGUCUUAUUCAGACUCAGAAUUAUUGGUGGUAAGGAGAUACAUUGCCUGUCUAUUUACUCUUUGAAUAUAGUUUUGGCAUUUCGUGUGGACCAUUUUUCUUUAAUUACUGAAGGAGCAGUUGUAGGGCAAUAUUUUAUAAAUGGGCAAUCACCAUGGAAACCAAAGAACUAUUUGCUGCUGAUUGUCCCACUGUUUAGUCCAGAGUCAUUCCUUGUUACGAACCCCCAUUGUGUCUUGAAUAUGUUCAUGGCUUGCUAUGUCUGUGGGCGAGUGGAGUCAUAAAUUGGUUAAACGUUUAGUGCUUGUAAUAGCUCUAAUUUCAUAGUGCUGGUUGAUUGUAUUUUACUGCACAUGUGAAUGGAUAUAGCUACCUAUUUACUACCCAAAGCUCACCCUUUCUGUAUGUCCCCUCCACCCAGAUUGAAGUACAACUCCUAUUUAUUGGAGUCAUAAAAGGUACGUCUACACACAAAGGGUGCAGCAAGUGUUGCUUAUAGAAAAGUGUUGCAAGGAUCUAAACGUGGUGCAGUCUCCAUGGGAACUGUCUGCUGAUUCAGUUGGUUCCCAGGGUGAUUGUUGCACUUUUAGAAUAUUGCUCCACAUUUCAGUUUACAUAGUAACUUGUGUAAAUCUCUCCCUUUGUGUCAUCAGACCGUAGUGAUACCUGCGUACCGUACCACAUAGCCACAGGUGUCUAUUGUUCAGUGAAUACUUAAGGAAGCCACUAAUUUCACAUCUAACCCAAUAUCAGUAAACAACAUGUAAACUGGAUACUAUGAUAAAAGUAUUUAAAAAAAAACAAAAAAAACUGACGUGGUUAAUUCUCUCAGUUUUACGUUGCUAUGGUAACUAGUUAACGCAAGUGACAGAUUGUUUGUGCAGUACAUCAUGAUUUUAUUGUGUGAUUUGUGUAUGGACAACAAUAAGAAGAGCACAUAAUGCUACUUCUACAGAUAGAAACACAGUAUUCUAGCAAUCUGGUUGCUCUGUGUUUGUGCCGUACAUUACAUGAUAUUCUUAGGAACCCAGUUUUUUUUUUGUCAAUCUUUAUUUUAUGCGUGCAUAUGAAUAACAUACAAUCUUACAAUGCCCCAACAGCAUUGGUAAGACAAGACAGGUUCAGUUGAAGGCAUUCGUAUAGUUGAAGGCAUUCGAUAUAUAUUUUUAUAUUAAUAACAUGCGAUAAACAGGUUGAAUCAUACAUAUCCAGCUAUUAGUUAGAACUAUGGCAGAGUAUAGAGGCGCUUAGCUGACUGGACAUGCUGGCUACUUCUAUUAGUUGAGUGUAAGGAACAUGCUUAACUAUGAUGAGAAUGCAGGGAAGUUGCACAGUAGGAGACUUGAAAAUUACGAAUAACACGCUAGCUUCACUGUACAACGAGCUACUUCAAGAUAACGAUGGUAAGAUAAGGUAAAUAAAAGAAAACAGGCAUCAACAUAAAUUUUAAAGUCAAUGGUUGCUAGGAGCCAGGAUGAUACUUCACCAUGAAGUAAGGUGGCAUGCUGCUUUACUUUGCCAAGUCUGCGGCUUGUGUCUUGUACCCCUCUGGCUGGCUUGCACCCAAUACCUUUGCUGACUAUCUGAGUCAGGUAUGGAGACAAUUCCUAGAAAGUCCAUGCUAGGCUGCUCCGCCAGCCCUAGCCUGUCUAAAGAGCCUCUGUGCGGACCCCACUGCUCUGGUUUCCCACGCCAACGUGAGUAUAGUCUCGAUGAGAUGCUUUUGCCUCUUGAGCUCGUGCUUCUCUCGAGGAUGUGGGUCAUGCACCAGGGAUGGCCCCCUUUGGGCUCUCGGCCUUGGAAGGCAGUAGCGAGCGUUGGGCACUUCGGGACUGAAUGUGGUUUUCAGGUGUGCAUUCUUCUUCCCCGGCUUCUUUGGUCUGUGAGUUCAUCUGGUGCGCCGAGGUCUGCCAGCCUCGUGGUGCAGACUGCUGGAAUGUGCGGGUCGCCACCUGUCGGUCUGCUGCCACUUUCCCUCAGUCUGCGCCCCUCUAAAGCUUCAGCCAAAAGUUGCUGAAGAUCGCGUCCAGCCGCUGUUCGAAACUAUCCAGCAGGCCUUGUGUCAUCGUGGUCAGCACCAUCAUCACCAUCUUGGCUCUGGCUGCGGUAUAGUGCGAUGUAACAGGAUCAGGUGAGUUCCCUGGCUCCCCUUGUUGCCUUACAGUAGAGCCUGUAUGUUGAUUGAUUGUGCUGGGAUAUCCCUCACUGGCAGGGGGAGAAAACGGGGGUUCCAAGUGCUUCAGCGUAUUCCUGCAGGACUGCUUACAGGGAGAACAGCCGUCUCUCCUGCGCUUGCGUCUGCUGGUAGACCACAAUUCGUAGUCUGAUUCAGGAUGCUUCUCUGAGCAUGGAAAUCCACCCGGUUGAGUCCCGGGUUUCACCGAUGCUCUGCUGCACCAAUUUAGUAAUUUUGGUGUGACUUGUCAGCAAUAUGUUGCUUUUAGCGUGUUUCUGCUCGGAGCCCACGUUUAGUGCGACCAGUCUGAUCAGCGACUAGGCACCGCCCACCCCAGUAACCCAGUGUUGAUCCAUUAAGUUAGCAUUUUUUCUGAAUUUUAGUGCAGGGCUGAGCCAAAACCUUGUGCUUCUCAUUUUCUUCAUUAAACGGAUAUAGUGGAAUAGUUUAAAAUUAAACUUGGGCCCAGAGAUUGCCUCGAUCUUGGACACAAUAAGCAGCAAAAACAGCAAGAGUCGAAGUCGUAUUGGAUUCACUACAGUAAUGACAAAUCUAGCAUGCUUCCCAACAUUGGGUAAUAUGGAAGCGGGAAAUGUAAAAUGUCAACCUAGCAAGUAUGCACACAUAGCAGCUAGCCAGCUGGGCCUGCACAUGGCAGAGUGGUGCAGAAGUGGUGUUGAAGAGUAAUAAAUGUUUAACUAUGACCUUGCUUAGUGGUAUUGGGCUUUCUGGUAACUUUUCUUUAGAUUCCCAAAGCUGGACUUGAAAUUAAAAAUAAAUGUGAUGCUAUAGACCGGUCCCAAAUCAGGAGACUUCUGUUGGACCCUUGACUGUUGGGAGAUAGCAUGGCUUCCCACAAUGCUUACCGUGGUUUCUGCUUAGCAUUAUGGGAGACCAAUGUCCAUACUUUAAAUACAUUUGGUAAUUUUGUCAGUACAAUGUAUAUAUUACAUGAAAGGAUGUUCUGCGGAUAACAAACCCAGGCUGUGUGAUGUGACCAUGUAAGGCAAAGUCUCCCGUUUUGUUUUGCAGGCAUGGGCUGUUUUUAAAGGGAAAUUUAAAGAGGGCGACAAAGCUGAACCAGCAACGUGGAAAACCCGGCUCCGCUGUGCCCUCAACAAGAGCCCAGACUUCGAGGAGGUGACAGAAAGAUCUCAGCUGGACAUUUCCGAACCCUACAAGGUGUACAGGAUAGUGCCAGAAGAAGAGCAGAAGGGUACGUUUAGAAAUGGAGAGACUGUCACAUGGGUUUUAUUGUAGCCAGGGAUGUAGGUAGCCUCGGGGUGCUGAAAGCUCUGUGCUUUUGGCAGAUUAACCCAUUUAACACCACGUGUCCAGCACAUUGCUUUGUAUUGGGUUUGGUACAUCCCUUGAAAUCAAAGGGUUAAAGAGCCAGAACAAGGCAGCCAUAUUUCUUAAUGACAUAAGUCUCUGGUUUUCUUGCCCGUAAUUUACUUUGCUGAAUUCUUCCUCUGCAGGUAAACCAGGGUGUGCGAACCUGAAUGAUGCCACAGACAUGGAAUGCAGCUCAACAGAGAUGGAGGUUAGAGGCUGAUACAGUAUCAGCAUGAUCUAAAGUUUAUGUGGUUUAUUCAUUCAGUAAAAAAUGUACCUAUUGAGCCUUAUUUUGGCAUAAAUAUCACAUCGUAAAUCUCACACAUUGAACCCAAACACAAACUGGCCUUCUAUUAAAGUACUACAUCAAUUGCUUUGCACUUCUUGGUUUGAAAUCAAUACAUACAGUUAAAACCAUAAAUUCAUUUUAAUACAGGGAGAUGAUUAUUAAUAUUGUGAGUAUUACUUCAGUAUAUCUACAAGUGACUGUGACUAAAUAGUUUGACAUACAGGAACAAGAUGUGAUGAGGGUCCUGCUCAAACCCUCACACAGUCUAAAGAGAGUGGAUAUAAAGUAAACUACACAAUCUAUGGAGAUGUAAUAUAAGAAGGAAGAAUGGGAUACAGGGCCCUUGCACAGUCAGUGGCAUGGCUCUCUCUCUUCAGAGAAGCCAAGUUUGAUGAUGAGAUGUACAAAACCAGGAUAAAAUCGAAAUUUAGUCAGCAUGGAAAUCUUGUUCCAAUCUGUCUGAUUGGCAGGAGCCAGACGUGGAAUUACACCCUAGCAAAAAACUGGCAGUGUUUCUAGCCAAAAUUUUGCACAGACUGGGUUUCCUGCUCCAUAACUAUCUCAGUUAGUUGAAGUUGUUAUGGUGCUUAGAGUAACUUUUUAUAACUAACUAUUUAAUAGGAGUUAUGUUUUGGUGCACAGUCUUGGUGAACGUGUUGAUGCUAUUAUAGUUUACGAUAAUAAUAUUAUGUAUCAUUUGUUUGCCUGUGGGGGCAGUGAGGGGCUUUGAUACAGAUCUUUUAUGUUUCCUUGUUAUGAUUUGAGUGGUUUUCUUCCAGACGUCCACAGAUGAGUAUCUGACUAUCAUUAAACGUAGCCCCUCGCCAGCAAAAGACACAUGUCAGAAGCAGACCGGCCAGGACUGGUGGAUAUAUCCUCACAAUACAGGUGGGUACAGUGGUGCCUUAAUUCAUCAUUUCACUGUGACAUCACAUUAGUAUUGUUGAAUUACAUUUUAUGGAGGAAUUUAACAUACUACCCCCCUCCCAAUUUCUAUAACAGUUGAUUGAUGCUGUGGACCUAGUCACCUUAUGGUUGUGCUGCACAGUCUCGUUCGAUGGAGGUGGGGUAGUGAGAUAUUACAAUCAUGUAAUAAAGAGUAACUUGAAGAAGGGACGAGUUUACAAAACAUUUCCAUCCCUUCCUAAAUUAAAUUAUUUAUGCUAACACAUGUUAAGUUAAUUAUAGCUUUUAGAGAUGUCGUAACAGCUGUAAAUCAGGAAGUGUUUAUCAUUCAAUUUCAUCAUGCUUGUCAGCUGUGCAGGGUCACCGCUUGAGAUAACGAGAAAGAGGUUGCACAUGGAUUAAGGAUGCCCUGUUUUCAUAGCCCCCCACCUUGUAGGACACAGGCUAGGGAAGCCAGAUCCCUCCCAAGAUAAAGAGGAAAUGACAGAUACACACAAGCAAAACAUGUUGCAGCAACAUAUCAAAUCAACAGCAACAUAACCAAUGGCAAUUACUAUACAUACAUCCUCUAAGUGGGAAUACAAGAUGCUAAUGUGAUGCUUUUUUUUUUUUUUUAAAUGUGUUGAAAAGAAAGCGAAUACUAAUUAGUAAAAAUGGCUGGUAUAUGACCAGCUUGCAUCUCUUCCAUAUUCGCCAUCUAUUGCAUCUACAUUAUACUGUCUAUUUUAACACGUGCUGGAAUUUUGGGAAAUCAGAUUCCCAAACAUGGCCCCUUCAGUGAUACAAUGUCCAGAUGUAUACUGCCCCAUAUUUAACAGUGGGGUUUAAAUAGUGAUCGCAUUCAAAAUAACGUGAUUCUAUAGGAUAAUAACUGAUAGUGGUAACCAGCUGCGUUGAAUGUAUAUUCUGUGUCCUACAUUUAGUAUAUGAUUAGCAGUAUGUUGACCAGAAGGUUUAAAUGACUGGUUUCUGUCUCUCCUUAGGAGUAUCAGCAAUGGACGGUUAUCCAGCAUAUGACCCAAUUUCUCACGGUAAGGAAGAUUUAUUUUUGGUUUACUAAUCUUAAUUUCAUAGAAACGAAAACCCAGUCUAGAAUAGAUAAAUACUUUUGUGGGCUCUUGCACUGUGCCACUAUGUUAUUUAUACAAGCAUUACCCAAAUGUUUUAAAUCAUAUUACCCAGAAAUAGUUAAUAUCAACCUUUUUUUUUUCAUCAACAAAUACCCCAAAGAUAAACUGAAAAUAUCAAUGGCUAAAAUAUUAAAGGAACACUAUAGUCACCUAAAUUACUUUAGCUAAAUAAAGCAGUUUUAGUGUAUAGAUCAUUCCCCUGCAAUUUCACUGCUCAAUUCACUGUCAUUUAGGAGUUAAAUCACUUUGUUUCUGUUUAUGCAGCCCUAGCCACACCUCCCCUGGCUAUGAUUGACAGAGCCUGCAUGAAAAAAAAAACUGGUUUUACUUUCAAACAGAUGUAAUUUACCUUAAAUAAUUGUAUCUCAAUCUCUAAAUUGAACUUUAAUCACAUACAGGAGGCUCUUGCAGGGUCUAGCAAGCUAUUAACAUAGCAGGGGAUAAGAAAAUCUUAAUUAAACAGAACUUAUUUAAUUAAUAAAGAAAGCCUAAAUAGAGCUCUCUUUACAGGAAGUGUUUAUGGAAGGCUGUGCAAGUCACAUGCAGGGAGGUGUGACUAGGGUUCAUAAACAAAGGGAUUUAACUCCUAAAUGGCAGAGGAUUGAGCAGUGAGGCUGCAGGGGCAUGUUCUAUACACCAAAACUGCUUCAUUAAGCUAAAGUUGUUCAGGUGACUAUAGUGUCCCUUUAAUUAUUAGAGAUGCAAUAGCUGCUUCAUACCAGGUACUCCUUAUGAUAGUAGUACAGAUAGAAAACCUAUGUGGAUCUGCUUUAUUUUGCUGUGAUUAAGAAUACACUGUAGCUAAUAUUUGGCUUGCUGUAUUACGAUAUUACUACUGAGCAGUUGUGCUUGAUUACCAUUUACCAUCAUUUAUCUGGGUCUGGUGGGACACUGAUUCACAGCAUCCGCUAACAUGUUGGUGGAUGCCGGCAGUGGACAUUUCCUGUUUAUUUUGGGAUAAUAAGUUGUAUUUGUAUUGUAGAAACAUACAUACAUGUUAUUCAUCACUGAAUAGCCUGAAAUUCCUGCUUAAAGAAAUGAGUUGUGAUACCAUAUUGCUAAUACAGGGGAUGGUUAUAAAGCACACUCACAGUCCUAGGGUUAGAAAUUACCCAUCUGGUUAUAUAGCACACUCGCAGUCCUAGGGUUAGAAAUUACCCAUCUGGUUAUAUAGCACUCUCACAGUCCUAGUGUUAGCAAUUACCCAUCUGGUUAUAUAGCACUCUCACAGUUCCAGAGUUAGAAAUUACCCAUCUGGUUAUAUAGCACUCUCACAAUCCUAGGGUUAGAAAUUACCCAUCUGGUUAUAUAGCACUCUCACAGUCCUAGGGUUAGAAAUUACCCAUCUGGUUAGACAGCACUCUCACAGUCCUAGGGUUAGAAAUUACCCAUCUGGUUAUAUAGCACUCUCACAGUCCUAGGGUUAGAAAUUACCCAUCUGGUUAUAUAGCACUCUCACAGUUCUAGGGUUAGCAAUUACCCAUCUGGUUAUAUAGCACUCUCACAGUUCCAGAGUUAGAAAUUACCCAUCUGGUUAUAUAGCACUCUCACAGUCCUAGGGUUAGAAAUUACCCAUCUGGUUAUAUAGCACUCUCACAGUUCUAGGGUUAGCAAUUACCCAUCUGGUUAUAUAGCACUCUCACAGUUCCAGAGUUAGAAAUUACCCAUCUGGUUAUAUAGCACUCUCACAAUCCUAGGGUUAGAAAUUACCCAUCUGGUUAUAUAGCACUCUCACAGUCCUAGGGUUAGAAAUUACCCAUCUGGUUAGACAGCACUCUCACAGUCCUAGGGUUAGAAAUUACCCAUCUGGUUAUAUAGCACUCUCACAGUCCUAGGGUUAGAAAUUACCCAUCUGGUUAUAUAGCACUCUCACAGUUCUAGGGUUAGCAAUUACCCAUCUGGUUAUAUAGCACUCUCACAGUUCCAGAGUUAGAAAUUACCCAUCUGGUUAUAUAGCACUCUCACAGUCCUAGGGUUAGAAAUUACCCAUCUGGUUAUAUUGCACUCUCACAGUCCUAGGGUUAGAAAUUGCCCAUUUGCCAUUGACGUUGAGAGAAAUGUAAAUGUACUUUAUCUUCCCAUCUGCAAACCAGUAACAGGGCUCGCUUUGAAUCACACAGGAGGAUGGCUAGGGUUAGAAAUUGACAUCCAGUGGUACCAUCUGUUUUCCCUUCUUUUAAUAUGUUGUGUCACACCCACCCAUUUCCCAAUAGGGUCCCCUGGCUAUCUAAGUCUGUAUUUUGCUUACACUUACCUGGGGAUAUGUACAAUCACAAUGAUUUGAGGAAAUCUAAUCAGAGUUGAAGAAGGGAUAAAAUAAUACACAUUUAUUCAAAAUAAAAAGCCAGAGUGGGACAAGGUCUCUAGAUACAGGGUACCUGACACUGUAGAUACAAUCAGUAUUAGUCAAUAAUCUUAGUAUUUCAAUGUAUUGACUUAAGGUUAAUAUACAAGAUAAGAUAGCACCUUAUCUGCUCUUAUUAUUCACCUUUCUGUUAAAUGAACAUACAAUAAAGACACGUUUUAAGAUAGCGAGUCUGAUUACUGGAAGUAAUGUCAUUUCUCUUCCAGAAAAAGGAGGAGUAAGUAAUAAUCAUUUAUCAAAAGCAAACAGCAGUUAGCUAAAGAAAAGUCUUCCUGGAGGACUGCAUAGAAGCACAGAUGGGCAGUGAUUCUUUGAUUACUGAUAUAAUGGACAGAACUCACUGUAUUAACUCUACAAUAAGAUAUGGCGUUCUCUAACAGGUUGUAACUUACAGGUUACAUUUUCAAACUGAAUAAAAGCACAUUACAUGUAAUGAUCAUCCCCUUUAUGUAUUUCAAAACUGUACAGUUUAUUUUUUGUAGGAGUAAUUACAUAUAAUUGUUGAGGGAACUGCCAAUUUUGUAACAAAGCAACCAAGGUGGAAAAAAAUAUUACAGUUCUCUACAGUUCUUGGUUAAUGAAUAAUCGCUUAUAAUUUUGCUUAAAUGUACUGUUUGCCUUUUAACUCAACCUCAGAAUUUGUCAUGGAACUUUCACAUCAAUAAUCAUUGAAGAGUUUCCUGUUUGUGACAUUCUAUACAAUUAACUCUUCCAUGCUGAUCAGAAAACCUGUUCAGACAAUCCCUGGUGACGUUGCUGGGUGCAAUAAAAUAUGUCAAGUGUAAUGUUGUCGGAUUCAUAUGGAUGUAAAUUAAGAGGCCGUGCUAGAAACUGAAAUCACGUUUUAUAUUCAUCUUAAACAAUUUUAUUUCAUAUUAUUAGCUUUUAAAAAUAGUAACGUUUAAAAUAAAUAAUAAACUGAAUUUUUACAUUACACCAUACGAUAGUUUUUCUGCUGGUCUCCAAUUCUUCUUUUUUUUUUUUUUUUAAUUCUUAAAAAGCGGUUACAUACAUUGUCAGAGGGAUAUCAGAUAAGUCAGGAUUCGAAGAAUCAUUAUGACACGCAGGUGGACAGCACAUUUUAUAUUUUAUAGUUAAGAUUGCAAAUACUAGAGUGUACAUAGCCUGGGUCAAUGUAGUGGGAAUGCGGUCUGGCGGUCUAUUGGCUUUUUAUGGAGUACCCCUCCAUAUGGGGGAGAGGGUAGUGUUCCCCAGUUGUUGCGAGCGUGAGGAAAGGGCCAGAUGCGGGUAGCGAGGGGCCUUGUUGUUGCGUGUGUGUAGGGGAAGACCAUGGUGGGUCCUGUGUAAGGUUACCUAUUUUUUACACACAUUUCAAUAGCAUGCAGAGAAAAAUAAUUUUUCCAUUACACUGUCCCUUUAAACACAUCUCUAACACAGGAAGCACCUGACCGUCUGUGGGGAGCACACAUUGCCCCGCAUCGGUGAAGCGUAACUUGCAUAGAAAUUCUAUCCAAAAUAUAGAUUUUACUGAAUAGUAUGUAAACAAUUAUUUUGUGUACGCCAAGAGCCAUAUCCUUUAUGUAUUAUACGAAAAUAAUUUUAUAUAAUAUGUAUAUACUGUAUGCAGAUGUUAAACGACCUCUGAAGUCAUGAUGAUUGUAUUACAGAUAUUUGAAAGUUACCCGGUCACUAAAUAUCCUCAGAAUUCACCGAACGUUCUUGAUGUUCUAUUGAGAGAUAUGAAAGUAAAAAUUAUACUGAAUUCUCAAUGAUUUUCUCUCUCGUGCAGGUUUUUCGCAGAUGAUUAUUCAGUUUUUCUAUAGUGGUAAGCUGGUGAGCCACAUUACCACCACACGUCCCGAAGGGUGCCGCAUAUCGCUAAGCCAGCACCUUCCUGGCGGAGAGAAGGUUUACGACAUGGAAAAUCUGGAGAACAUCCGAUUCCCAUCAGCUGAAUAUAUUGCAAGCGAACGCCAGAAGCAGAUUACUAGAAAACUAUUUGGCCACCUUGACAGAGGAGUUCUCUUAUACAGUAAUAAGGAAGGUGUAUUUAUCAAGAGGCUUUGCCAAGGCAGAGUGUUCUGGAGCGGGAACUGCAUGCCCUACAAAGACCGCCCAAACAAGCUCGAUAGGGAUGAAAUAGUCAAAAUCUUCGAUACAAAUAUGUAUAUAAGAGGUACGUGCAUUUCUUUUUAAAUGGCCAUUAACCACGUGCUGAUAAACAUGACAGAUAAAUAUGUUAUAUUACGGUUUGAUAUUUAUUUACCAGUGAUAAACCCAACACAAUAGGUCGUUGUGGUUCCACUUUAGGGAUUAACAUUUGUGUUUAUCAUUUCCUGGUGAUACAGGAUAAGUAAGAAAUUCCAUCUCUCUCCCUGUGCUCCCUCCUCAGAUCCAAUGCAGUAUUGAAUAAAACACAUGAAAUUUUACCGUGCUCUUACACUCACUACCAAAGGUGCUAAGGAUCUGAGGACAAAAUAUUAUCUGGCUCCCUUAUCUAUUAUCUGUCUCUCUAGAUCUCCAAGACUGGGUUACUGUGGAACUCUGUCACAGUCAGAUACAAUGUAAAAUCCCCAGAAUUUGCGUUCUUUGCUUCCUGAAUUCUGCUUCUGCAGCUAUAAAUGAUCCCAUGUUAAAUGCUACCCCCAGGCUCAGCAUCAUACAGCUGUAUGUGGAGUGCAAGGCCUGCUGACUAGUAGUUUACACAGGUUUGGGCAUUGUUACAUUGCCAGUCUAUGAUAAACAGAUGGCAUUGCAAGGUGAUUUGACGAAUAAUACUUAUUCAAAUUGUGUUAGGUCGUCCUACAGUAAAUGUUUUUCGAAUAUUGCUCUUUAAUUGCUGUGAGUGAGGUGAGUGAUCACCGGCUCAUUGUAAUUGAUUAUCCUUCUGGUACAGGGAAAGACUGAUACAUUAUCACUUUCACAGCGAUUGUAUACUAGGCAGAAAUCACUCCCUUAUCUGCAAAUAAUGUUCUGUCAGUAACACAUGUCACAUAUUGCUUUCUCGAAAAUGAUGUAUUAACCUGUGUAGGUCUCAGGGACAAAGGUAAGUGGAAGCCAAGAUACAAGGUUCAAGUACAGUUUUGCAGAAACACGACUUUAUGACUUUAAUUAUUCAGGUACAAGAUUGACACUUUGUGAACCUGCUGGUAAAUAAUAGAACUUGAUGGACUUCAAUGCAGUCCUGAAUGACAUCUUAACUUUAAUAUCUGCUACCGAUCCUGGCAGGAUCAUGCUAAGGCUAAGCAGAAAGAAGUUGCAGUAACUGGCCAUGCCAUUUAAUGUCUCUGUUAAUCAGAAUUACACUCGUUUUGUCAUGUAGAGGAUGUAUAAGAAAAAAAGGCUGAAAAAGAGACUAGCUUAAGCAAGAUCUUUCAUUAGUAAAUGUAACGAAGCAGGUCAUUCUUCAGACGUACAGAACAUUUACAAACUCAGUAUAUAGAUCUGUCAGGUUGGCCCUUUAAUUAAAUUUGUAUCUAUUUUACACAAUCUUCCUGUACAUCUGUAGAUGCCAUGGUGUAAACGGCGUGGCUAAUGUGACCCAAUACCAUAACUGGAAAUGACUACUGCUCAGUAUGGAAAUAAAGAGUAAUUCAUUCACAGACUGAGGUUAUUCCGAAUAAAACGAAACAAUAUUAUUGCAGAUAUAUAUCAAUGAUUGUAACCAUGGCGACCCUAGGUAAAAAGCAAACUGUUUGAUUACUUAAACUGCAAUCAAGCUAUAGUGGUUAUGGUGCUUGGAGUGUUCCCUUAAGUAGUUCUGUAUAUAUUUUACUUGAUAUUAGUUCACACAAAGCCAGUCGGACAUUGUUCACAUCCCAUACUCCUCUCGCUCUCUUUAAGAACUUCAGCAUUGCUACAGCCAAGGAAGGAUUCCUGAAAGCAGGAUCACGCUAUGCUUUGGCGAGGAAUUUCCUGACGCAACUCCACUGCAACUCAAACUAAUCAUUGUGCAGGUAAACCGAAUCACCAGAUACAUUUUUAUUGGAUUAGAAAAAGAAUCAGCGGGGGAAGUUUAAUGCGGAAUAAUGUCUAUUUGGGGUUGAAUUUAUAUUGCUGUAAAUGAUCAAUUCUGAGGUCUUUUCCAUCAUUUAUUCAUUUUGUUACUUCACCUGUUCUUUUGUGUAACUUUUUGUGUUGCACAUUCCAUUUAAUAACCUUUAUUCUUUUUGCGCCCAAACAUAUAACAUUUUCUGGUGUUCUCCUUCAUUACAGUAAUUUCUUAUUUGAUAGUAAAAGUAAGAUGGUUAAAGAGCUUAAAGAACUCUUAAUAGUGGCCAGCCAGGGGCCUCUCUUCCUGGCCAGUAUAGGAAUAGCUUGCAAGGACGAAUAGGAGUUGCACUUCCAGAUGACCAGAAGUAAAUGGAAAACAAAAGCAGAAAGGUCCGACGGAGGAGUACAUUUAAGUGAUGGGUAAUAGGAAUUAAGUGAAUCCACCUAUGUGGUUCAGAGCUACAAGCUAGCUCUGGGGUAGAUGCUUAAACCAUUCACUGUGGUUCACUAUGUAAAGGAUAUUGAAUGAGGCUAACAAAGUUUCAAAAAUGUAUACAGUAUUUACUAAUAAUCCAGUCUAGAUGGCUUGCUAAUCAGAGAGAGGACAGCUGUCGUAGAACCAUUUUACUACAUCUUGAAUGUGAAAAUGUUGAUAAUCAUAGAACAUAACUGUAACAGUUAGUUUGCCUUUAAACAUUCUGCAAGAUCUUUGUGUUUAUUGAACUGCUGUGCGUCAUUGAUCAGUCACGGCAUCCAAAUAAUUUAAUUCAAACAGAUGAAUAAAAACCCCACAUUUGAACGUGCCCAGGAAAACUUGCUUUUUAACAUAACACUUCCUAAAACAUAAACAGAAGCACAGUUAGUAUCUGCCUCCGAUACACUUGAUGAAGUUUACACAGGAAGCUGUUGUUAAUGUUUUAAUGAUCUGAACAGGCAUGUCUCUAUAUAGUAUAAAAGGUGUUAAAUGUAGUUUAUUUUUAGAUUUAAAGCAAGCAAGCAAUCACUGAUGUGAGCUAGAGUGCAAUGUUUCGUAACAAGACAGGAUCAGACAUGGGACGGUUGGCAAAUGAGGCAAUUGGCUCCCAGGCCACUAACAUUGGAGGGCUAGCAAAUGAGCACAAAUCACCGAAAAUACUCCUUCAUAUUGGGCAGGCCAUACUGACUAAGUAUUGUAUGACCAUUCAUGCUGAUAUCUUCAAGUUUCGUGCGUAUAAAACAGCCAAUUUGUUUGUAUCUGCUUCCCAAGCUCAAAGUUGCCAUCCCUCCCCUGACAGCAGAGUUUCAGAGUAAUUAGAGCUACGGUCUUUCAUUUCUACACAGUGCGUACGGGGUGCGCUAAAAUAUUUCCACCCUAUAGUAUAAAGUACAAGGAUUUGUAAAUUCCAGAUUUAUAGCAAGCAGAGUGUCAGCUCACUCAGCAGCCAAGCAUGAUUAACUAGAGACAGAACACGUCAUAGUUUCCUGCAGUCUGUCUGCUUGGAUCAUUGCAUGUACCAUGUCUUGAAAUGUUGGCAAGUAGAAAGGUGCUAUAAAAUGAAGCUAGAUGUGAAGAAUUUAGAUAAAUAUUGUAAAAAGUGUUAGGAAUACAAACCUGAAUUCCUAAUGCAAUAUUGUCCCUGUCUCUAGUUAAAUACAGGCGUCCCCCCUCCUGUUUGCCAUAAAAAAAAAUAAAAAGUGACUUAUUCCAACUCUUUUUUUCAAGACUUCCUCAGCGCUACUCACCUCUCCACCACACAUAACAUCAUUAAAGAGGCAUAGCCUCGUCCACGAUGGUCCAAUCCAAUGUUCCUCAAAUAGGAGAAUUGCGUAUAUGAAUACCAUGCGUGGCGAAUGCCGAGCUUGCUUUCAAGCUUCCCCAUAGUAAAGAAUCGCAUUCAAUGCUUUCCAACGGGCUAAUCGGUCCGUGUAGCGGAAGCACGUCUGGUCAGUCUGAUAGCCAAAAGAGGUGCAUAAAAAUGAAAUUUCUAAAAAACUGCAAUGUUUACAUUGCAGGGUUAAGAGAACGGGGCCACUGCACUCAGACCAUGUCACUGAGUUAAAGUGAAAUUAGUGACUUUAGUGUUCCUUGAAUCAUAGUGAUGCCAUACUAGACUGUUUUUCAAAUGUGCUGUAAUUAUGUUUUCAUUGAGCAUGGGGGUACCAAGGUGAACCCCUAGCAUUCAUGGACACUAAAGAUGUUAUUGCCUGCAACUCCUCUCAUUCUCAGCUGGGUAAAGCUAGAGUACUGCAUUGCAUUGUGAAUGCAGGUACCUCCAACCUCCUAACUCUAACAGCAACAAUUAUAACCGUUACUUUAGGAAUGUUGCUGUAGUGAUGUUCGGUUCUUAUGAACACGGCCAUUUCAGGGACACUCAGGUGACGAAUUAUAUGUAUUUUUUUUUAAAGCUUUCUUUAUUUAAGACUUAUGUAGACAAAUGAAACGGUAACACAGCAGGUCAUGGUAUCUGACAUAAUAUUAGGCCAAUUAUAUUUUAAAUGCAUAAUGUAAUUAAUUGACAGUAUUUAACAUCUUUCAAACAGAUGGAAAUUUUACAUCUAUAAGUAUACAAUUUAGUUUUUGGGGUUUUUUUUGCCGGUGAGACGUUGGGGUCAUUCUGUUUGCAGCAACAAACCAUAAAUAUGUCAAGCGCUGCUAUCCUUCCUGUUUGGGUAUAUUUUUGGCUGCCAUGAAAAACCUGUCAGAGUAAAUAUGGUCUUUCAGCGUCUUCUCUCUGCUUUUCAGAUUGAGCAGCUGGGCGUGAGGCAGCUCACAGAGGAAGCGGUAAAGAGUUACAGCUCGGCAAGUCUGCAUCUGCACCAAGACCCUCAGAUGGAUCAAAUACCACGCAUCAUUUCAGACGCUUGCACGCCACAUCAGAGGUCGUUUUAUAGAGAGAGCCAGCAAAUCACCGUCUGAGUCACUCAGUCAUUCUUCUACAUGUCUGUGCAUUUGCAGAAUUUGUAUAUUUUUGUACAUUUUCACUAUCUCCUAUACUACUCGCUGACCCUAGGAGUUUGCAGUUUAAAUAAAAACAAAGGUGGCAAACUUUGCGCAGGUGAUGCCACCAAUGACAUUAACGCUUUGUUGUUGUCACAUGGGUGUAGUCUCAUCCAUUUGUCAGUGAAAUGGGAUUGGCUGUCUCCUGGGCAAAGUUUGAAGAAUCCUGGUGAUAUUGAAAUACCAGCUAUUUUUCUGACAUUACUUGCCUGUUACUGGGAGCAGUUCCAGGGUGACAUCUGAUGUAUGUUUAUGUACCUUAUAGGUGUUAAGUGCACAGUGCGCAGGCUCCAUGCAUCAAAGGCAAAUAAAUUGAAAGAGGAAACACAUCCAUUACUAAAUCCUGCAAGUGUGGAAACCUAGAUUUAAGAGUAAACCAUAGUGGUCUUGCAGUAUAGCAAAAUGUAUUUUGGGCUUAAUCACCAAUGCAACAAUUAUGGAGAACUGACUAGAGAAAAGCACAUUUUAGGCUUCAAAAUUUCCCAAAUUUGACAUUUUAGGAGUUCUUUGAUUCUACCCUAAAAUCAUUUAGUGAAUGAAUUGUAGUUGUGCUCGCGAUAUAUUUAAUACAUUGUAUCGGUGAAAUGCCAUGGUAUUUGAAAACAAAUACCACAAAUAUCAACUGAAAACCAUUCCUAGCAGGGCAUUCUGGGAAGAGAUGUGUGUGGGUAAAGUCCACGCAGGGCCCUGGGGAAAAUAAGUAAUCAUGCCACUGUAUAGAGAUAUGAAUCAAAGUGCCCAUCCAGUCUGCCCAUGUUGAGACCUCAUAUUUAUUUGUCAAAUUUUAUGAUCAGCAUCUUCACUGUCUUAGUCUUUACCCUUUCCACUGAACAAUGACUCCACAUAUCUGCUACACUUUCCAUAUUACUAUUAGCUUUUACUAUGAUCACUGGAAGGCUAUUCCUGAUAUAUAAUACUGUCCUAUCUGGUUCAUUCUCGGUGUGAACCAUAUCCAGUGGAAGACCACGUUGGGUAUCUACCACCAUUUAUGAGCCGUUGCCAAUAUAAUCUAUGCCCAUUGCAGGGCUAGUUGGGGUAACUACUAUCUAAUAUUUAUCACUGACAGUAUUUACUUCAGCCAAUGGAGGUCUAAUUCAGGUAUCUACUACAUUACCCUUUUGUAAGAAAGUAUACUUUUACAUUGUGGACCCCAACAUUCCACUGUAAUGUUAAUAUGUCCCUCUUUCUCUAAAACCCCUAUUAUACUUCCUUUUUCAAUGUAUCUUUUACUGCUUUCUGUAUCCUGUCUCCUUCAGUAUAUGAUAAGAUUGAAGUCUUAUCUGCUAUGAUUUGUUCUGCAUGUCUGUCCAAACUUGGAUCUUCAUACAGACAUUACUUUACAACUUCCAUGAUGCUUCGUCAGGCUGAAGAGACAACAGUUAAAGCACAUAAAUGAAGCAAUUUUUAGUGUAAUGUAGGGAUGCCAGACCUAUAAUGUCCAAUCAUGUGUCAAACUGUCAAUAUGCCCAAUUCCUAAUUAUUAAUAUAAGGGAUUAUAUAAAUAUAUCUCUGUAUAGCACAGAAGUGAAGACAAAAUAUAUAAGUACUCUUUUUUAUGAGUCCCAAAACAUUUUACUUGAUUUCUGUAAUUGACCCGUUUACUCUUUAUGUAUAGAUGCAGGGGAAAUAUUUCUGAGAAGCUAUACAAGUCUUGUAUAUAGAUAGAUAAGCAAGCGAAAGAUUAUUUUUAUAAUGUGAAUUUUCUACAACAUUUGCAAGUAUGUUCAGUGUUUCUGAAAUUCGGCAAUUUGUGUUUUUAGUCAAUGAAAAUGUAUAUAUGACCAUUGUGAUACAGAAAUCAACUGUGCCUAUGGAUUUACAAAACAAGUGAACACGUUGCUUUGUGAAGAGCUAUAUAUUUAUAAAUAGAAAUAUAUUUUCUACCCAAAUAUGGUAAUAAAAGUGUUUUUUGUAAA